UCUAAUUGGAUGCCAAGAUGGUAAUGCUAUGAAACGUUCAUCUCUUCCCAAAUGCAUGGACUAACACUGUCCACUUGCAGACAUUGCAUUAUUAUUGCUUUUUUUUUUUCUCCUUUUUUUCCCCUUUCCCUCAUUAAUAUCUCUUCCUCUACCUUCAUUCAAAGCCCACCCAACUACUCAAACAGACAACAAAAUCAAGAAUAAGCUCCCACAAAAACAAAUUCUCCCAGUAUUCCUGCUUUUGAAAUCAUGGUGUUACAAUAUGUGUAGUUUUGAGUGUACUUUGUCUUUUAAAAGCAUACAAUUUUUUUAUGGGGAAGAUUGGAGGAAGCUCCUGGUUGACAGUGGUCAAAAGGGCUUUCAGGUCUCCUACUAAGGAAGCAGCAGCUCGUGAGAAAAGAAGCAGCAGAAGAAGAGAAGAGCAUGAACAAGACCACGAAGAAGAAAAGAAGAGAGGAAAGCGCAGAUGGAUCUUCAGGAAGCAUUUGAAUCAGCAGCAAACGGUCAUACAACACACUGCUAGUGUCACAGCAACAACAACUGCUGUGACCAAGCAGACCAAUAUUAAUCCUCAUGUACAUUCUAUUGACCAUCACGCUUAUGAUGAUGAUCAACGGCAGGCUGCAGAGAGAUCACAUGCGCUUGCGGUGGCCAUGGCCACAACAGCUGCCGCUAAAGCCGCAGUGGCAACGGCCCAAGCAGCCGUAGAAGUUAUUCGCCUAACAAGGCCUUCAUACAAUAUCAAAGAACACUUCUCUGCCAUUGCCAUUCAAACAGCCUUCAGAGGAUAUCUGGCAAGAAGAGCUCUUAGAGCACUAAAAGGGCUGGUUAAGCUACAAGCGUUAGUGAGAGGCCACAACGUUAGAAAGCGGGCAGAGAUGACUCUUCAGUGCAUGCAGGCUAUGCUUAGAGUCCAAGCUAGAGUGCUUGACCAGAGAAUUGCCAAGAGACUUUCUUAUGAAGGAACUAGUGUUGAUUCUCUGUCUAGAUCACCAAAUGAUCGUGUUGGUAUCAGGAAAUCACUUGCUAGAGAAGAAAGUAGCUUUAAUUCAGAAGAAUGGGACGAUAUUGAAGCCUUGUUGGCGAAAACAAGAGAAGCUGCCUUGAAACGUGAAAGUGCUCUUUCUCAUGCCUUCUCUCACCAGAUGUGGAGAACAGACUGCGAGCAAGCUGAAAGCGAACCAGAUCCAGAAGGGUGGAUAAGGAGAUCCAAGCAAUUUAGUUGGGAGAGCAAAGGAAGAACUUCAUGUGAUCAGAUCAUAGAACCGAUAAAAACAGUUGAAAUUGACACAUAUGGACCAUGCUCUUACUCAACUCCGAUUUCCCAAAACAGAUCACAAUAUUAUCAUCACUCCUCUUAUCAACAACAACAAAGUCCUCAUUUAUAUUCUCUCACUUCUCUUGCCCACAAAUCCCAUGACAGCAACUUUUCACUCCAAUCACCAUUCACACAGUCCCCUGCUAGACCAAGAAACGCCCACAACAACAUUCAUCAAUCGGUCAUCAGCCCUCGUUUCACUAACGCUAGAGCAGACAUUAGAAACAACAACAACAACAACAACAACAACAAUCCAAUGACGCCAAACUACAUGGCGUCGACUGCGUCAGUCAAGGCUCGAUUGAGGUCGCAAAGUGCGCCGAGGCAAAGGCCUGAUUUGGCCAACCUCGAAAUGGAACAGAGAACUGGGUCUGUGAGGAGACGCUUGUCGUUCCCGGUUGUACUACCAGAGUCAAAUGAGAGCCCGUGUUAUGCUAAGAGAGUGAGCCGGAGCCAUCCGAUGGCGGUGCAGCGAAGGGCAAGCGUCUCUUAUUCUCGCUGUUCGGACAGCGAGACUUCUCCACUGAGAAACAAUGAGCUCAGGAGGUGGCUGAGGUGAAGUUUUAUAGAAGAGGGCUGGUCAUUGAGUGAGAGUGAGAGUGCGUAUCCAUGCUGUUAUGUCCUAUGUAUUCAGUUGAUUAA